UGUAACUAUUGUGUUUUUUUGUAUGUCGAAUGUCGACUUGUCGAAUGCUGCGCGACUGCGCGUCGUAUUGAUUCUGUCUCUAAUUUGAUAAAUUUGACAUUUCAUAAGGUUCUUGUGUUCUCUAUUAAGUUAGAUAUUGUUUUGCACUCGUCAUUGUUACAUUUCUCUUUGGUAAGGUAAAGAAAGAUGUAAUAAUAUUAAGUUUUGUGAGGAAACAGUGUUACGUACAAAAUGCAUCGCCGUGGCGGGAAACGUAUACGGAUGGAUGAUCCACCUCCGGAAUAUGUCAAUCCAAUGACUCCAGCGACCCCCAUGACUGAUUAUGGUGGACAGUCUGUUCACGAACCAGAAACUCCCAACGUGAAUUAUUCAGGGUUUAAUGUUGGAGCGGUCGCCAAUUCCACUGCUAAUGAACUCCCAAGAGAAGAAGCCGAGGAAUCCCAUCACGAAGAAGAGGAGCCUAGAUCUCCAUCCCCCACUCCUACGAAGCGAGUGACCCGAAGUCGCGGUCGUCGCGGUGAUGGUGGGUUUGUGGGGCGCUUGGCUGAGUCUCCGCCACCUCCGCCACUGCGGCGCCGCGGCCGAGGCGGGCGCGGGCGAGGUCGAGGUCGAGGAACGGCCCCGCCGCCAGCGUACUCACCGCCACCAGUUUUGCUGCCUGGUGAUGACGAGAACAGCCUUUAUAAUAUUCUGAGAUUUAAUAAGACAGCAAUAAACCAAGUUGUGGAUAUGUGGAUAGAAGAAUACAAGACAAACAGAGAGGCUGCACUGGUUCAGUUGAUGCAGUUCUUUAUUAAUGCAUCUGGAUGUCGAGGGAAGGUGACACCUGACAUGGCACAGAUGGACCACACUCUCAUCAUUAAGAAAAUGACUCAAGAGUUUGAUGAGGAAAGUGGUGAAUAUCCCCUUAUAAUGACAGGACAAACUUGGAAGAAGUUUCGCUCCAAUUUUUGUGAGUUUAUUCAGACACUGGUGAAAAUGUGUCAGUACUCUAUCAUCUACGACCAGUACCUGAUGGACAACAUCAUCUCCUUGCUCACUGGACUGUCUGACUCCCAGGUCAGAGCCUUCCGCCACACAGCUACACUUGCUGUUAUGAAAUUGAUGACUGCUCUGGUGGAUGUCGCCCUUUUGACAAGCGUCAACUGCGACAACUGUUUGCGACAGUACGAGGCGGAGCGACUGAAAGCUCGCGACAAGCGAGCUAACGAGCGCCUUGAAGUGCUAGUUGCUAAGAGGCAGGAGCUGGAAGAAAACAUGGAAGAGAUCAAGAACAUGCUCUCCUACAUGUUCAAGUCUGUGUUCGUACAUAGAUACAGGGACACAUUACCUGACAUCCGAGCUAUAACUAUGGCUGAAAUAGGCAUCUGGAUGGAAAAGUUUCCAGCUCAUUUCUUAGACGAUCUAUACCUCAAAUAUAUUGGCUGGACACUGCAUGACAAGGUGGGCGAGGUCAGACUGCGUUGUCUCCAAGCUCUGCAGCCUCUGUACGAGUGUGAGGAGUUGAAGGGCAAGUUGGAACUGUUCACAUCCAAGUUCAAGGACCGCAUCGUGUCCAUGACGCUCGACAAGGAGACUGAGGUUGCAGUGCACGCUGUUAAGUUGGUUAUUGCCAUUCUAAAAUGCCGCAUGCACCCGGACGUGCUGACGGACAAGGACUGCGAGAACGUGUACGAGCUGGUGUACUCGUCGUGCCGCGGCGUGGCGGCGGCGGCGGGCGAGUUCCUCAACGUGCGCCUGUUCCGCGCCGAGGAGCCGGCGCCGCCCGCGCGCUCGCGCCGCGGCAAGCUGCGCCUGCCCAACACGCCGCUCAUACGGGACCUCGUGCAGUUCUUCAUCGAGUCGGAGUUACACGAGCAUGGUGCUUACCUGGUGGACUCUCUGAUUGAGUCCAACCCAAUGAUGAAGGACUGGGAGUGCAUGACCGACUUACUGCUGGAGGAGGCUGGCCCUAACGAGGAAGCUCUCGACAACCGACAGGAGUCGUCCCUGAUCGAGCUCAUGGUGUGCUGCGUGCGCCAGGCCAGCACGGGCGAGCCGCCCGUGGGCCGCGGGCCCAGUCGGAAACAUCACCACAUGCUGUCCAAGGACCAGGCCAAGGUGGUGAGCGACGACCGCGCGCGGAUGACGGCGCACUUCAUGGUGACGUUGCCGGCCCUGCUCGACAAGUUCGGCGCCGACCCCGAGAAGCUCGCCAACCUCGUCGCCAUCCCGCAGUACUUCGACCUGGAGCUGUACACCACGCAGCGCCAGGAGGGCAACCUGGCGCUGCUGCUGGGCAAGCUGCGCGACGUGGUGCGCGUGCAGACGGAGGCCGAGGUGCUGGAGACGGCGGCGCGCACGCUGGAGCUGCUCUGUCGCGAGCACUGCGCCGUCUACUCGCGCUGCAACGUGGCGCGCGCCACCGUCACCGACAUGUGCGUGGACCGCUACAAGGAGGCCAUCGACGACUACCGCAGCCUCAUCGAGGGCGGCGAGACGCCCGACGCCGACGAGCUCUUCAACGUCAUCAACUCGCUGCGCAAGGUGUCCAUCAUGUACAUGUGCCACAACCUCAACGACACCAACAUCUGGGACUCUCUGUUCGAGGACCUGCCCAAGUGCGUCAAGGAGAACGAGUCGCAGAUGCCACCGCAGGCGCUGGUGUACGUGGUGCGUGCGUGCUACUACUCGUUGCUGUGGGCGCUGCACGGGGUGGAGGCGCGGCCGGAGGCGGGCGCGGCGGCGGCGCUGCGCGAGCGCCUGCAGGGCUACGCGGCGCACUGCAAGGACAUCGUGGCGCGCGGCAUCACGGCGGAGCUGAAGGAGGAGGCCUACACGAGCCUGUGCGACCUGCUCAUCCUGUUCGCGGAGCACUUGGUGACGCUGCAUCACCCGGGGGACCCGGACAUGCGCCAGCUCGUGUUCGAGCCGGACACGGAGCUCUGCGACAUGCUCAACGCCUUCAUCCAAGAGUUUGUCUUCGUCCAGCACAACUACGACGGUCAAGACGAGAGACGUAUCGAGGAACUCCACAAGCGACGCAACUUCCUGGCCGCCUACUGCAAGCUCAUCGUCUACAACGUCGCGCCCAUCCGACGCGCUGCAGACGUCUUCAAGCACUACAUCAAGUGCUACAAUGAUUAUGGCGAUAUAAUCAAGGCGACACUGAGCAAGGCCCGCGAGAUUAACAAAUUAAAUUGUGCGCUGACUAUGGAGUUGGCCAUGCAGGCGCUGUUCAACGACAUGUUACAGAAACACGCCGGCACCACGCCGCAUCGACAGAUGCCCGAGAUGUUGGAGCUCAAGGAGCUGGCCAAGCGGUUCUCCGUGAUGUUCGGGCUGGACGCCGUGAAGAACCGCGAGGCGCUGACGGCGCUGCACCGCGCCGGCAUCGCCUUCGCGGCGCUGGAGCAAGGCAGCGCCAGCGGGCCGCCGCCGCGCCUGCUGUUCCUGGAGGCGCUGGCCGAGUUCUCGGGCAAGUUGCUGCGCCAGGACAAGCGCCACGUGCUGCGCUGCCUGGACGCGCGGCUGGGCGGCGCGCUGCCGGGCGCGGGCCGCGCCGACGACUGGGCGGCGCUGCUGGCCUACCGCGGCUCGCUGCUCACGGACGCGCCCGACGAGCGCCCGCCGCCCGCGCGCCGCCACUACGCGCGCCGCCCCAGAGGGCAGAACGAGGACGAAGAGGCAGACGACAACGUGGAGUCUGACCAGGACCAGCCCGGGUGACAGGGACGGGGGACGCCCACUGUCCAAGUAGGGUAGUCUAGUUAGUGGGACACAGUCAUUGUGGGACAGGGACCACUUUAUUGACUCAUUCCCUGAACACCGUGUUUUGUUAAUUUAUGUAUUUUUAAGGAAAAGGGCAUUGACACAGCUUCACCACUAAUAAAAAAAAAUUAUAAACACUAAACAAUUCCUUAUAUUUUUAUAAAUAGAAUAGACUCUGAAAAUAUUUGUGUUGUUAAUUAACAUGAUUAUUAUAGGGUGCAGCAAGUAACUGUUCGGUAGCAACUUAAUGACGUUACAUUAAAUAUUAACGCAAUUUUGGUCAAAUUGGAAUAAAUGAUUUUGACUUUCACUUUGAUAAAAUUAUAAAGAAAUAUAAAAUAUGAAUAAAAUAAAACAUACUAUAUUAAUAAUACCAAAGCCGACGACUGGCAUGAGCAUUACGUUUAUAAUAUAAUGUAACGUUUAAGGCGAACGUGUUAUCCUCUUGUCUGUUGAAAGUUGCGGCCAAUAUGUGCUUUAUACCGGGAGCCGGUGUUUCAACAGAUAAAAAGAAAUGUAACGUUAUAUCAAAUAAUAUUCGUUCUUAUAUCGAAUUAUUGUUACGACGAAAUGUUUCAAAUUAGUCGUCGCCUUUAUAAAUGUAACUAAAGUGGUGGAAUCCUGUCAAAGUUCUUUUCCCCAUAUAAACUUGUCAUAAAUCCAAUUGAUUUAUAAAAACUACACGUUGAAAUUUACAAUUUGUUUUUAGUUGGUACAGGAAAUGUAAUGUUGGCUUAUAUCGAAUUGUUCCAGUUGCAUAAUUAUAAUAUAUUGUAUUUUUAUAAUAAAUUCCAUUUGUAAUA